AUGUACAGCCAUCGCCCUCAUCCUCUCUUGGAGCAGGUGCCGCUCACAGUAUCGCCGUUUGUCUCUCUUCCGACCGCUACGACGCUCUCCUACACAUACAAGACAAUGCCGUCCAGCAUCCCGCCCUCUGCGCUCGGCAUCCCGACAGCCUCCUCGUCCGGCGAGGGUGCCGCCGCGGGCGCAGCCGACCAACCGAAGCCGCGCUUCGUCGUCUCGCAGACGGGCACCGCCGCGCACCCCGACGACAUUGUGGCCUCGUGCCAGGCGCUGCGCGCACACGUGGCCCGGCUGCAGGAGGACGCGGACCGCGAGCUGCGCGAAUUCGAGGAGCGCAUCCGCGAGAGAGACCUCGCAGAAAAAAGACGGCUCGCACCGGGCUGGCUGGACAGCGACGCACGCUUACUGCAGCCGGAAAAGGGCGCGGCAGCCGCGGCCGCGGCGCGACAGGCGGAGAACGAGCUCAUGGUCGGCGAGCCUACUACCGGACAGGCUGGCGCUACGACGACUACGGACGAGGGAGCUGCGCUAGACAGGGCGUUUGGUGGGAUGAACAUGAAAGAACGGACAUGA